CAGGUGGGGUUGUUCGUCAGCUAGCUGUGGAGCUAGACACCUAUAUGAAUGAGUUUGACCCAGAUGCUAACCAUAUUGGGAUUGACACAACAAGCAUAGCGAUUCCAAUUGCAGCAAAGAGCCUAAGUGGCACUGGGGUCGAUCUUAAAAGUGGAAGAGAAGUCACGGUUAAGAUUGAUUAUGAUGGAUGGAGAGAGACCCUCCACAUUUCUGUUGGGUAUGCAGGGAAUCCUCUUCUGAGCUUUCUCAACCAUUCCAUAGCCUUGUCAGAUACGGUUCCAAGCUCUGUCUAUGUGGGCUUUACAGGCUCCACUGGGACUGUUUCAGAGACCCAUCAGGUCCUUGACUGGGCAUUCACUUCAAUACCGAUAACAUGUAGCUCUUCCAAGUGCAGUGGAAAUGAUAAAACAAAAACCAUAUUGAUCAUUGUUUUUCCAGUCACCGUGGCUAUGUUGGUUUUGGUGAUGUGUGGGAUUCUUUCAGUCCUGAGAGUUGUCAAGAAGAGAAAUGGGAGGAUUGACAGAGAAGAUUUCGAAAGCCGCUCUGCUGCAAAUGUCCCUAAAAUGUUUAGUUAUAAACAGCUCUCAAAGGCUACCCACAACUUCAGCAAAGAAAACCUGUUGGGGGCUGGUGGAUUUGGAACUGUUUACAAAGGCAUUUUGUCUGAUCAUCCUUCCCCUAUAGCAGUCAAGAAGAUUUCGGCAACCUCAAAGCAAGGCGAGAGGGAGUAUUUGGCAGAAAUAUGCACUAUAGGCCGCCUGAGGCACAAAAACAUAGUACAACUCCAGGGAUGGUGCCAUGAGGGCAAGCAUCUCCUCCUAGUAUAUGAAUAUAUGUCGAAUGGCAGCCUUGAUCGCUUCAUUGGCCGGUGUUUUCUUGACUGGAAAACCAGGUUCAAGAUAUUGACAGGGUUGGCAUCUGCAUUACUCUACCUCCAUGAAGAGUGUGGCAACCCUGUGGUUCACAGAGACGUCAAGCCCAACAACAUCAUGUUGGAUUCUGAUUACAAUGCUCAAUUGGGUGACUUUGGGCUUGCAAGAUUGCUCCAAAACGACGCCUCGGUUACAACCAUGCUUGCAGGGACUCCAGGAUACUUGGCUCCUGAGGUGGGCUUCACUGGAAAGGCGACACCAGAUUCUGAUGUCUAUAGCUUUGGCAUGGUGGUACUGGAAGUGGUUUGUGGAAGGAGAUCAAGAGGAAUUACAGAGGAGAAUAGCUUGGUGGAUUAUGUAUGGAUUUUGCAUGGAAAGGAUGCAUUGCUCCAAUGUGUGGACAGCAUGCUCAAAGGCGAGUUCGAUGAGGAGCAAGUGAAGAGGACUCUAGUGGUAGGCCUUGCUUGUCUGCAUCCAAAUUUUAUGCUCAGGCCUAGGAUGAGGAAGGUGAUUCAAAUCCUUCUCAAUCCAAAUGAACCUCUAAUGGAUUUGCCAGAAGCUCGACCCAGUGGAAUCUUUGUACCAGUACCCUCCUCUUCUGCUGCAACCGUUACUGAUUUCGGCUCCAUUGCUGCCUCUGCUUCAUACUCAAAUGGGAAGAUGGCAGAUGAGACAGAAGUCCAAUACGGCCUGUGAAAAUCUAUACAAGAUAUAUUGAAAUGGGAUCCAUGUUUGAUGCUUCCUUUGUAUUAUUUUCUUGUCAUCAAUUGUUUC